CGUUGACCGCUAGCCCUACCAGCGAUUCGCCGACAGCUGCCCGUGGUUGUUUUGUUGUGUAUUUUUUAGUUGAUUACCAUCGGCAUUUUUCUGCAAAAUUCGAACCCCUCCCGGGCAGGAUGAGUGAAACCGACGGGAUCCAUAUAGAAUACUCGGACGAGCAGGAGCUGAUACGGGAAUUUCGUCGGUUUAUGAGUGAUCCGGAAACGAGAGAAAAAGCUGCCAACUAUCUGUACGAAUCGCUGGUGGAUGAAACCAUCCUUGGGAUUGUGUACGAGGUGCAUCAUGCCUUCAAGACGGGUUCCGGGGCCGCGGUAGAGGGCGAACCGGAAGACAGCAAACCGUACACCAUCGUCGACCAGCCCGACAUGGACGUGUUCGGAUCGUCCAACACUAAGAAAGCUAUCGACUGCCACUGUCCGAACUGUAAUCGCAUUGUAGCCGCAUCGAGAUUUGCUCCACAUCUGGAAAAGUGCAUGGGCAUGGGAAGAAACUCAUCACGUAUCGCGAGUCGACGUAUAGCGAAUACGCGUGACGUAGGUACCGGCAACUAUUUCGGGGGCGAUGAGGACGACGAAGACGACGCGGACUGGUCCGGCGAGAAGCGGAAAAAGAAGAUCUCCCAAGUGCGUACUAAUGGGAGUAAAAAAAAUGGCAAAACCUCAUGAAAGUAGGUGCACGUUUGGGGUUGAGAGCGGUAAAGCAGCUAAGCACACCUGCGUGUAGCUACAUACCUACAUGCGUGAUGGUUACGGACUGAGCGAUUGGCAAGAGCAACAAACCCCUUACGAAAGAGCUCGCGAAUGUGGCAUGCAUUCCAAAAUGUUAUUACUUAAACAGAACCGAACUGGAAGUACGGAACUCUCGUCAAAACGAAGUCGGUUCGGUUGAAUCUCACACCUACAAUGUACUAUGUGCACUAUAUGCCAAGAUAGCAAUUAUUGCCAAAUCAAUUUCUUCACCACAACACUAGACGCGUGUACGUAUUUAUAUAUUGCUGUAAAACACACCGUCUAAUCCUAUAAACGGCAGGGGCAAAUGAAUUGAACAUAGCUUCCAAGUAUAUCUGUAAAUCUUUAUUAUAACACGUAUAAGGGUAGGCUAAAAUGAAUAUACGAUGUGAAAUAAAUCCUCACAUUAAAUCCUCCGCCAGAGAUCAUCGUCUAGUAUCGAGCAAACGUAGCCGUUUUGCUGUAUGUGAAUGUUUCACUUGUAUGAAUCAGUUCUAUGUAAAUAAAGGAAAAUUUUCACACUGAUCCGAUCUUAAA